CGACUCACUGUUUAUUUAUAGAUUCCUCCUAGUUAGAAGUUCGUCUGUUAAACCCGCGAUCUUUGAUUCUUUUCCCUUGUUCCCCUCGCCGGAGAAGAAACGGCUGAGAUUCGAGGCCAGCUGAUGGCUGAUCACAAGGUUAUUUUCGAGCAAGUCUUCGGCCUAUCAUCCGAUAGCGAAGCCGAAAAUUCAACGCACGAAGAUGAUCAAUCGCUGCAUGUGCUGAUACAGAACCCGAUCUUCCAAUCUGUACUUCAAAUUAAUGGCCUUUGGUUCUGCAGAGACUUUCUCUCUUCUGAUCAACAACAUAUCUUGCUGUCAGCUAUCCAAAACGAAGGGUGGUUCAAGGAAGCCUCAAGGAAUCAGGCCAUGAGGUUCGGUGAUCUUCCAGCUUGGUCCACCAAACUAUCAGACUCUAUUCGCGAAUUGGUGCUUUUUGGUGAUGAUGGUUUUCAAGGAGACGGGCAAACAAGUGCACUGCCAUGGGACUUACUCUGGCGAGAGCCGCUUUUUAACCAACUGAUUGUAAAUGUGUACGAGCCGGGUGAGGGUAUAUGUGCACAUGUCGACCUUUUGCGCUUUGAAGAUGGAAUUGCAAUCGUCUCGUUAGAGUCUUCUUGCGUCAUGCAUUUUACAAGGGUUGAAUCAACAGUUGAUGGCAUUGAAAAUGAAGGAAAAUCAAAUUCAUCCUCUGCCAGGGUUCCCAUUUUACUUCCACCGGGCUCAUUGGUUUUAAUGUCAGGGGAGGCUCGUUAUAACUGGAGGCACGAGAUCAAUCGCAAUCCCGGCUUUCAAAUAUGGGAAGGACGUGAAUUAGAUCAAAUGAGGCGGACCUCUAUUACACUCAGGAAGCUUUGCCCGUCAGAGUAGGUUCCUAUGUAUAUAUUUUGGUGAAACUUUUUGUGUAUUUUGACCGACUUAUUAAAACACAGAUGUCCAGACUCCAGUGUGUUUCGAUGAAACAUACGAGUAAUUUUUAUUCAAUGGCUGAGCCUGCUUUCAGUUCGUUUUCAA